AUGGUCUCAGACGAAGAUGAAUUGAAUCUUCUAGUUAUCAUAGUUGAUACCAACCCUAUUUGGUGGGGAAAGCAAGCAUUAAAGGAGUCUCAGUUUACUCUAUCAAAAUGCAUUGAUGCCGUGAUGGUUCUGGGAAAUUCUCAUUUGUUCAUGAAUCGUUCCAACAAACUUGCAGUGAUAGCAAGUCACAUUCAGGAAAGUCGAUUUUUAUACCCUGGAAAGAACGGCAGACUUGGAGACUUCUUUGGAGACCCAGGAAACGCUUCUUCUGAAUUUACUCCCUCAGGAAGUAAAGAUGGAAAAUACGAGUUGUUGACAGCAGCAAAUGAAGUUAUCGCUGAAGAGAUCAAAGAUCUAAUGACCAAAAGUGACAUAGAGGGUCAACACACAGAGACUCUGCUGGCAGGAUCCCUGGCCAAAGCUCUUUGCUACAUUCAUAGAAUGAACAAGGAAGUUAAAGAUAAUCAGGAAAUGAAAUCAAGGAUAUUGGUGAUUAAGGCUGCAGAAGACAGUGCAUUGCAGUAUAUGAACUUCAUGAAUGUCAUCUUUGCAGCACAGAAGCAGAAUAUUUUGAUCGAUGCCUGCGUGUUAGACUCUGAUUCAGGACUCCUCCAACAGGCUUGUGACAUCACAGGGGGACUGUACUUGAAGGUGCCCCAGAUGCCUUCCCUUCUGCAGUAUCUACUGUGGGUUUUUCUUCCUGAUCAAGAUCAGAGGUCUCAGUUAAUCCUCCCACCCCCAGUUCAUGUUGACUACCGGGCUGCUUGCUUCUGUCAUCGAAAUCUCAUUGAAAUCGGCUACGUCUGUUCUGUGUGCUUGUCAAUAUUCUGCAAUUUCAGCCCAAUCUGUACCACAUGCGAGACAGCUUUUAAGAUUUCUCUGCCUCCUGUACUGAAGGCCAAGAAAAAGAAACUGAAAAUGUCCUCAUGA